CGAAUGCGGUGAAUGGUAACAUCAGACUGACUUGUCCUCUUUCUCAUGUACAUAUGCGAAUCUUCGCCCUGCCUCGAGUCACCCGCAGCUGACUUCCAUUAUUGUCUUGAUCUCCUCGUGUGCACGGCCUUGCUAUUGCAGGCGCCUUGCGCCUUUCUCUUCUCCCUGUAAUACUAUGACUUCAUAUGCACCACCGAUACCACCAAAACGCUAUGAUCUUGUCCAGGCAUUCGAUGCCAUGGCGCUCGCCGGCAAGUCAAACGAGAGCAAGCGACUACCUGACCCUCUCCCUGCCAACGGGAAUCAGGCAAGUAGUUUUAUAGGGGGUUUCAAUCCCGAAAAGUUGGCAGUGAACGCGCUACUUGACGCGACGAAGCGACAACCCAUACACAGCGGGCAAUCCUCUCCGAACAGCAAGGGCGUAUUACCCCCACUACCAAAGCCGCCUACCUUUGUGGUGGCCAUGCCAUCUCCUCAAUUGGCGAAACAAUCGUUGACGAUGCAGCACGCGCUCAAUACCAUGGCACUGCCAGCACCAUCGCGUCCUCACUCGGAUUCCCUUCUUUCUCCUGGCAUCAUGGCCCAUCCCUCUAUCUCCGUUGGAAUGUGCCCGCAUCCAGCGCUCGAUAUCACACCUAAGUCUCGACCGCGUGCUGCUUCUGUACCCCCUUCCCCAUUAUCACCUCUGGCGAUCAAGAACACCGCGCAAUGUAGCAGCAUGACAAAGCUCGGGAAGCAGUGCUCCCGCCAAGUCAAGCUUCCGUCGACCCACUCCCAUAUCAACCCAAUACCUGUCGUGUAUUGUCAUCAGCACCGUGACGCAAUGUUUCAUGCGCAAACCGGAUUUUAUAUCAGACGGAAAGGCAUGGUAGAUACAUUUGUAGAAUUUAGUGAUUAUAUACCACAAUACCUCCAACGCGAUACCCAGCUGGCGCUUAGAGUCGAAAUGGAGAAAGCUGCUUCUACUUCGGACGUUCCCGGUUAUAUCUACACGUACGAAAUCCGAGACCCGAAACGUCCUGGUGUAAUUCAGCUCAAAGUCGGGCGCGCUGUAAAUCUCACAAAGCGACUGGAUCAAUGGGGCAAACAGUGUGGUUCGAAGGUGCCAAUUGUCCGGGGAUGGUGGCCAGGCACGGUCGAAGACGAGAGUGACGAUGACGGCACCAAUGGGAGCCUGCUUACAGGAAACAUCAAGGCAGGAGAGCCGGGGCCAUUGUGCCACCGUGUGGAGAGGUUGGUGCAUAUAGAGCUUGCGGACUUGGUGGUCCACACACCCUACCUAGACCCCAAGUUUCCGAAAAUCGACAAUUCAGACACCUCUCCUUCUACUUCGGGGGAAAUAUUCGCACUUCCACGUCCUGAGAAGGGACGUUGCAAGGGGCGAGAGUGGGAACUUCUCGUGAAACCCGUCAUCGAGAAAUGGGGCAAAUUUGUAUCGGAAUACUAUGCUUGAGCUAUCAUGUGCAACACCAUCGCCUUCAGAGGAGCCAAUGGGAAGCCUUAUACCCCUCAAUUGAUAUCCACGGUGCAAGCCACAGAGUGGCAUGCUUUCUAUCCGAGCUUCUUGCGUCGGUAAUAGGUUUGACUCUCGAAGAACUUUGUAAUUCUGACGGAUUCGGUCCUGUGCGACGACUCUGAUGGUGACAAUUGUACCAGAAACACUGCCGCAACAAAUAGUCGUCAUAACAGUCUUAAUCUCCCUUGGACUUGCAUUGGACAGACUAAAGACUAUAGACAAAUGAAGAGUCGUUUCUUAUUUACUUAACUACCAGAGCUCAAGCGCUCAAGCUUCAAAGCAAUCAGUAAAAGUCCGCUCUAAUCGACCAAGAAA